AAAUGGCUCUUCUUCUUCUUCUUCGAUAUCCUAUCUUGGGAAAAAAAAGUUUUUUAGUUAGAAAAAGAUUGGUAAAGAAAAAAGGUGGAAGCUUUAUUUUUGUGUAGUGUGAUUUGAGGGGUUUAAUGGCGCUUACAAACAUAUCACUGCGUUUCAAAUUUCCACCUUUAAAAUCAUCUUCAUCUUCCACAUUCAAUACUACAAGAAAACCCUCUUCGAUCGUUUGCUCCAAACCCGACGGCGGCAAAGUGGCUAAUGACGACGGUGGCACAAAGCCGCGGAAGAAGUUAUCGGAGCAAUCUUCAUGGGAAGUUAAAGACUCGGAAGGGAAGGACUAUCUCUAUAGGCUUGGCGCGGAGUCUGAUAAUGUUAACAUAUCCGUUGGGGCACGUAGCGGCAUGAUCGAUGACGUUUUCAUUGGAGACUUCCUUGGAAAAGAUUCUGAUAUUGUGUUUGAUUACCGUCAGAAGGCGACGAGGUCCUUUGAACAUCUUCAAGGGGAUUAUUACAUUGCUCCAUCGUUUCUGGAUAAAGUUGCGGUGCACAUUGUGAAGAACUACCUUGCUCCUUCUCUAAAUAUAAAAAUCCCAUUGAUCUUAGGUAUCUGGGGAGGUAAAGGACAAGGCAAAACGUUUCAGACCGAACUUAUUUUCAAAACAAUGGGAGUUGAACCGGUUAUAAUGUCUGCAGGGGAGUUGGAAUCUGAUAGAGCUGGGGAACCGGGAAGACUCAUACGUGACCGCUAUCGAACAGCUUCACAAGUCAUUCAGAAUCAAGGGAAGAUGAGUGUUCUCAUGAUCAAUGAUAUCGAUGCUGGCCUUGGUAGAUUUGGGGAAACGCAAAUGACAGUAAACAACCAGAUAGUUGUUGGUACUCUGAUGAAUCUUGCGGAUAAUCCUACAAGGGUAAGUGUGGGGCAAGAAUGGAGAGAAGCUGACAUUGUAAACAGAGUUCCUCUUAUUGUCACAGGGAAUGAUUUCUCUACACUGUAUGCUCCUCUGAUCCGUGAAGGAAGAAUGGAGAAGUUCUACUGGCAGCCAACUCGUGAAGAUAUCGUAAACAUUGUUAGCAGAAUGUACGAGAAAGACGGUAUAUCGCGGAAAGAUGUUAUAAGCAUUGUAGAUAAGUUUCCAAAUCAAGCACUUGACUUCUAUGGAGCUCUGAGGUCACGCACAUAUGAUAGAUCUAUCCUCAAGUGGGUAGAUGAAGCUGGAGGAAUGGAGACUCUAGGGAAAAUUCUUCUCAGAAGUAAAAAGACCAAAGAGGUUCCUCAAUUCACUCCCCCUGAGCAAACGGUGGAAGCAUUGCUGGAAUCAGGGUACUCACUCAUAAAUGAACAAAAACUUAUUAUGGAAACAAAGCUUUCCAAGGAGUACAUGAAGAACAUGGACGAUUAAUACCAAACAAACAUCAAUUCUUUUUCAUUCUCAUCGUGACUUUCGAGGAACACUGAGCUGAAUCCUGAUAAGUUGUUACAAAAGCUUUAAAAUAUAACCGAAUCACUCUAUUAGAGUUUGUUUUUACUAAAACCAUGAGCAUUGAACCUAAAGCCGAUGUGGUGCCAAUACAGAACAAUUGAUUA